GUCGAAUUGUUCGGUUUCCCUCACUAAACUUUGUGAAUGUAUGAGGAUCUGAGAGUUUGUUAUAGAUGCAGAUUUAUUGAUAUUUGACUACGUAUCUAUUGUGUAUACUGCAGCGUCUAUCUUGAGAGAUGAUUUCUCUGGGAGGCGUACCUUUUAAUUCAUCUGACAUUCUCGAAGAUUACCCAAGCAACGGAUGUAACGCAGCAAAAUCGCCAACACUCAUAGUGAUGAAAGAAGGUGAAAACAAGGUGGCCGUUCUUGAAGAAAGCAUAGAAUAUCUGUGUAAACAACAUGCGUUUGUACUGAAUGGACUAUACGAAGAAAUAGAAAAUCUGAGAAGAGCAAACAAAGGUAGCACUAUUCAGGAUAGCUUAUACCCCAAAAUCAGAUCUUCAGUUUCGCCUAGUAAUGUGCUGUUGUGUGAAAAAAGGAGGGAAGCAAAAUGACAGAGGUAUUUAUGCUUUGCUACUAUAUCUCAGUUUUGCACCUUUCAGCCGAGCCAACUACUUGUUCACGUACCGCCGAAGACUUGGCCAGCGAAGUGAUUGAGUUAAGGCAACAAUUAGAGAAGGAACGUUUGAGGAAUAAGACCCUUGUACAUCAGUUGGAAACUCUGCGGAUGGCACGUUCCGUGGUUUCAGAGACCAACAGAACUCUCCCCAAAACUGCGCCCUCGAAGAGCGUAAAGGUUCCAGUCAACGAGGUAUUCACCAGUGGAAAACUUGAAAUGCAAACUAUUAAUCCGAAAAAGCCAGCCCAGAAGCAAGAAAAACGACAAAUAGAGGGCUCAGACACAUCAAAUCGACUCUCUCAACCCAUUCAUGCAAGGACAGAUACUGGGCCGAGCAUUCUCUCUCCAGAAUUAAAUCCUGAUUCUUCUUCUUCUGCUAUACUGUUGACUCCUAAGACUUCAAUCAAGGCCACGGAAGGUUUUUGGGUCAGACCUUCAGUGGCAAGCUUACAAAACAAACUCUGGCAAACAGGAAGAACGAGUCCCCAUAGCUCCCAUCUUCCAGGAACUAGAAUCAUUCCUGUCAAACUGCCAGUGCUCCGCACUUCCGAUCCAAUGGCGCAGCAGGUGGAAGAGGUUCCAGGACAGGAACUGUUGACGCCGACUCUACAUCCUAUUGAAAUACAUAAAGAGGGAAAGGCUAGUGGUGAAAAUGUCGCUCAAAGGUCGAACAGUGAGUCCAAUCAAACGAAGUCGUUCCACUCCGCGCGAGGUGCGCUUGGAAACAACAACACUACAAUUUACGACUCAAUGCACAACAUUCCCAAAUCCGCCAAUUCUGUAGCUUUUCGCACAUCACACCCACCUUAUGAUCAGCAUCUUGGUCCGUUUCUUCCUGCUCUUCCGAAGCCUGGAGAUCCCGGAAAUGCCACCAGGGCAAGAAAAGAACGGGAGUUGCAGCGCAGACGACUGGGUCGCGCCCCAGAUCUAUUUCCUUCCUGAAUGCUGAAUCCGCUGAAAAUCAUCAUCCACAUGUUUAUAUGCACCUAAAACACUUGUUCAGUAUGUAUGGUCUCACUGCACUUUUUCCUUGCACCAACCACGUCAGCCUCAACUCAGUGAGUGUCAAAUACCGCCGAAAACUAGCACAAACUCUUUAAUGUAGGAUAACUCAGCCCUGUCUCAAUCCGUACAUUUUGCGCCACAUGGCUAUUUUGAUUGAGAUGACGAUUUCCACGACUACCAUCGACCCAGGCACCCCUUACAGUGAUUUCUGGAUGAACAGUUCAUUUGCUUCCGUUUCCAACCAGAGAUUCCAUUUACCCUUAUUUUAUUAUGUUACUUCUAUCGCAUAGGGUCACUUCUAAGUAAACUUUAUUUGAUAAUUCCUCAAACAAAGUUAAUUAAACAAGAACGAGUGCCCGUAGUAAGCCGAUCAUCACAAGGUUGGUCUAGUAGACACAUUCCGAAUAUACCCCCGCAAUCCUAACUUAACAGGUUCCUUCCUGAUUCGACUUCCA